CUACAGCGACGGCAAUUCUCAACACAACCUCUGUUUGUGGACACGCGAUCGAAAACGGAGUUUUUCAAUAGUCGUUGCUGUAUUAGCAAAUAUUUAAUGCCAGUUAUUGAUAAUUAUAGUUCACCAGUGCUUGCAAAGCUAAUCAGCUGAAUUGAAUAAAUAUAUACUUACAUACGAGUAAAUUCCGUAUGUAGUUCAAAGUGAUUUCCUGUGCAAAGCCCCACCACCACAAAAAUAUUAAAAAGAAAAUUGUAAAUAAUUAAAUUCCAUUGAGUCCCAUAAGCAGAUUAAGUAAUGUCUUCCCUUGCCGCUGAGAAACGUGCUUCCUUUGCGCGUCGUGCGGAGAGUUUGGUGGAGCGGGUGAGAGUUUUGAAUACCAUUUAUGAGAAAUACAACAUAAGCACGGAAAAAUGUGGAGAUCUGACUGUCAUUGUGCAGGGCGAUCUAUCGCAGCAGGAGAAGCGCGCUGUAUUUAUUACUGUACAUGAUUUGGGCUGUAAUCAUAAUUCAUUUCAGGAAUUUGUGAGCAGCCCAUGCAUGACGGAAAUAAAGGAACGCUCCUGUUUCAUACAUAUCGAUGUUCCCGGUCAUGCGGAUAAUGCCGAUGCACUGGCCGAUAAUUUUCCGUUCCCAUCGUUGCAGUCGUUGGGCGAGGACUUGGUUACUGUGCUGGACUAUCUGCAUGUGAAGUAUGUAAUUGGCUUAGGAGAGGGCGCUGGUGCUAAUGUGCUGGCACGUUUUGGCCUGGCUCAUCCCAGUCGUGUGCUUGGCCUCAUUCUCAUCAAUGCCACGGGCAGUGCUGCCAGUGUGUUGCAAUCCUUUAAGAGUAAAUUCAUUAGCUGGAAAAGUGAUGAGGUGGCCCAGUCGGCCGAGAGCUUCCUAAUGUAUCACAAAUUCGGACAUGUUAUGGAGCGCUCGCAAAUCGUUGGCGAAAAUCCAGAUAAGGACAAGAUUGUAUCUGAGUAUCAGAAACGCUUGCAUCGCUCCCUUAAUAGCAAGAAUGUGGGUCUCUAUGUUAAGGCGUUCAUGAAUCGCAAGGAUCUAACGCUCAAGGGUUGUAAGGUGGAUGUGAUCUUGAUAACUGGGAUGCUCAGUCCUUACGCCUCGAUGGUGGAGAAGUUGCAUCGUGAUGUGGAGAAGGAACGUGUGACAAUGUUGAAGAUUGAACGUGCUGGCGACGUAUUGGCUGAUGCUCCAUCAAAGGUUGCUCAAUCCAUAUUAUUGUUCUGCAAGGGUCAGGGACUGCUCACCUCGGUUGUCAUGCCAGGCGUUGAUCGCGGUCGCUCUUUUUCGACAGCCAGCUCGGGAUCUUUUGAGCGUCGUUUAUCGCGUGGCAUUUCCAUGGAGGAUUAUGAUAAGCCCAAUAUACGGCGUCUCAGCAUUAUGAACAGUGAGUCUCCCAAAAAGGAGUAGACGACUACACACAACUUCAACAGAAGCUGCAGCAAACACAGCGUUUAAAAAAAAAAACAACUAAGUUAUACCUUAUGCAUAUUUAAAUUAAUUAUCUUAGCAUCGGUAGAUCUGCGCCAUUAAACGCAAAUGCUAUACUUUCUGAAACUAGAGGCCAAACAAUCAUUCAGAGUCGUAAUGCCAAAUGAGCAAUGAAUGUUUUAUGCCAACUUUUAAAUAGCUGCCGUUUUAAAAAACAAUUUAGAGCAAAACAUAAUGAAAAAAAUAUUAUAAAUAUUGUUCAGUCAUCGUGUUUAUAAAAUUAGUAUUAUGGUAAUCCCAACAAACAACCCACCUGUGAAAACACAAGCAAAGCGUCAUAUCUCGAUUUCCUAUUCUGUGAACUUAACGCCAAAGUGCGUCAAAUGUAUGCAUUAAAUGUACAAGCAAUCAUCUAUGUAAUACCUCCGAUUAGCAAAUCUGUACCUAAGCAAUUGUAUCUCCCUUUCAAUAUAUUUUCUAUAAAAUAAAUUUAGAAAAUAUUGUUGAAAACUAAUAUUAAUAUAUACAAAGUUUACGUAAUGUAAGUUCAAAGCACCACAGCAUUAAGCUGCUUAUUAAAAGUAUUUUUAAACGAAGCACACAAUAUACGCAAUGUGUUUAAUCAAACAAAUAAAGCAAUGCUAACCAAGAA